UUGACGAUCUGUGAACUGCGAGUGCGUCCGUCCGUCUCGGCGCUCGGCGAGUCAUGGCGGCUGCCAAGGGUGCUGCUGUACUGGGACCGACGAUCGUUUUUCGGUGCUCCACCCGCAACACGGUGUACGAGGUGCUCAAGGCAAGGCCCGGGUUGGUCGAGACCCAGGACGAUGUCGACUGGGACCUGUGCUGGGCGGACGUCGGCUGGGUUAGAGACAUGUACGACCAAAUACAGAUGGAUGACGACCAGCGGCUCAACCACUUCCCCAACCACUACGAGUUGACGCGAAAGGACUUGAUGGUGAAGAACCUGAAGCGAAUGCGAAAGCAGUUGGAGAGGAACGACUGCCAAGCGGAAGCAGCAAGCUACUGCUUCUGGACCGGCACUUUCGUGCUCCCGUCCGAGUACGGCAUGUUCGUGGAGGAGUUCAAGCGUUCCCCGGGGGCGGUGUGGAUCAUGAAGCCCAUCGGACGGGCACAGGGGAGGGGGAUCUUCUUGUUCAACAAGCUGAGUCAAAUCAGCGAGUGGAAGAAGGACCACCGAUGGAAAGCGGACCAACCCCAGGCGGAGGCAUACAUCGCACAGCGGUACGUGGAAAACCCGUACCUCAUCGGCGGGAAGAAGUUUGACCUCAGGCUGUACGUGCUGGUGACUUCCUUCAACCCCCUCACGGUGUGGCUCUACAACGGAGGGUUCGCGCGUUUCUCGGGCACAAGGUACUGCACCGACAGGGCGGCGCUGGCUAACCCUUACGUACACCUGACGAACGUGGCGAUCCAGAAGAAGGCGGAGGACUACGAUAAGGAGGUCGGCUGCAAGUGGGACCUGCAGAGCCUAAAGAUGUUUUUGACCCUCAAGCACGGUGCUCGCGCCGUGGACGAGCUGUUCUACGACAUGCAGUGCCUCAUCACGAGAUCGCUGCUGUCGGUGCAGAAGAGCAUCAUUCACGACAAGCAUUGCUUUGAACUCUACGGCUACGACGUCCUCGUGGACGCGGAUCUCAAGCCCUGGUUGCUGGAGGUUAACGCAUCUCCAAGCCUGAGCGCCGAGAACGCCGCCGACAAGAAACUCAAGACUCAGCUCAUCUCAGACGUCCUGGACGUGGUCGACCUCGAGGGGAGGUUGGAGGGCGACGAGCAGAGGGUGGGGAGCUUUCGCUUGAUUUGGGCGAACGGCCCCACGGACACUCGGGCGGCGGGGGGCUACUCCACCUUCCUGGGCACGGAGAAGCCUCGCGCCGCGGUCGACGCCACCGCCGCCCUCCCUCCGCCCAAAACGACGCGUCUGCAAGCGACGAAAACGAUGACGGGGUCACCGGCAGUGGCAGGAGGGGGGGCGGCCAUGGGGAAGGGAGGUGGCGCCGACGGCCGCUCCGUAUGCGACCCGUAA